AUGCAUAUCAUCAAGCCGGUCUGGCUCACGCACGGAGGCGAACGGAAAGACUUUGAGGUUUAUAGUUGCGAUGUGUCGCCCGAUGGAAAGAGACUGGUGACUGCCGCUGGAGACGGAUACGUUCGGAUCUGGUCUACAGAGGCCAUUUACAACACCGGCAAUCCCGAGUUCGCCGAUAAGCCGAAACAGCUUGCGUCGAUGAGCAACCACUCCGGCACAAUUCACACUGUUCGCUUUUCGCCAAAUGGAAAAUACCUUGCCUCGGGAGCGGAUGAUAAGAUUGUUUGCGUUUACACACUUGAUGCCAACCCGCCAACACACUCAACAUUCGGCUCGGACGAGGCACCUCCUGUCGAGAACUGGCGCACUAUCCGGCGAUUGAUCGGCCACGACAACGAUGUUCAGGAUCUAGGGUGGUCGCACGACUCGUCGAUUCUGGUUUCCGUCGGCCUUGACUCGAAGGUGGUUGUAUGGUCUGGACAUACAUUCGAAAAACUGAAGACGAUAGCGGUGCACCAGAGUCAUGUCAAGGGCAUCACUUUCGACCCAGCAAACAAGUACUUUGCUACCGCCAGCGAUGAUCGCACUGUUCGCAUCUUCCGAUUCACAUCACCGGCCCCGAACUCCUCUUCCCACGAUCAAAUGAACAACUUCAUCUUGGAACAGACCAUCUCCGCUCCAUUCGCAAACUCUCCGCUUACUGCAUACUUCCGCCGCUGUUCGUGGUCUCCUGAUGGAAUGCACAUUGCAGCUGCAAAUGCGGUUAAUGGUCCUGUGAGCUCGGUUGCGAUUAUCAACCGUGGAUCUUGGGACGGUGAUAUCAAUCUCAUCGGCCAUGAAGCUCCUGUCGAGGUCUGCUCGUUUUCUCCUCGACUAUAUUCGAGGGAACCGAUCAAAAAGAAUCCGCCUGAUAACCACGCAGUGCACCACAUCACUGUAAUUGCAUGUGCGGGUGCAGACAAAUCUCUUAGCGUUUGGAUUACGAGCAAUGCUCGCCCGAUCGUGGUCGCACAGGAGAUGGCCGCUAAGUCGAUGUCAGACCUGGCCUGGAGUCCGGAUGGCAAGUGUCUAUUUGCUACUGCUCUGGAUGGCACCAUCGUCGCGGCCCGAUUCGAGGAAGGCGAGCUGGGUUAUGCCGUGGAAAUGGAAGAAAACGAAAAGUCUCUGACCAAAUUUGGAACGAACCGUAAGGGCGCCGGCAUCACGGAAACCACGGACGGGUUGCUAUUAGAAGAGAAGAGCAAAGCUGGCGAAAUCAAGGGAGUUGAGGGCCGUAUGGGUGCACUGAUGGGUGACGGCCAUGCGGCUGCGGAACCUGCUGUGAAUGGAUCAGCGCCGCAGCCAUCGAACGGCACAACUCCCGCUCAAGUACCAUCUCCGGCUGCAGACAACAACAAGACUCAGACGAACGGCACCGGGUCAACACCGAAUGUUUCUGUAUCUGAGAAGGACAAACCGGAUCCGUACCAAGCUAAGCUGGAGAGACUCAAGCAGCGCCCGACAUACACAAAAGAGGGCAAGAAGCGCAUUGCACCUCUGCUUGUCUCUGGAGCUGGAGCUGGCGAAUCUUCCCUCCCUCAAGCUCGCUUGAUGGCUUCAGUCAGCAGUCAAGUGAAAGCUGAUGCACCCACAUCUCUUGUUGACCUCUCGAAGCCCUUUGAUGGCUUGCCUAAAGGUGGUCUGACUGCUCUUCUUCUCGGCAACAAGCGCAAACUGGCCCAACUCGAAGGUGAUGAAGACGGGCAGGUUGAGAAGCGCGUGGCUGUAGCGAGCCAGAAUGGUGCGACGCCGAUUAUGGCCAACACUCCUGAUGGACUCCUCCCUGCACAAGUGCAGCCCGGUGCCACCGGCCAACAGCAAACCCCAGAGUUCAUUCGUCCUGCCGUCAUCAACCCCUGCAUGUCGGUCAGUCAGCUCCGUCUGGCCGUUCCCAAAAUCCGCACCCUCAUCCUACGCGCGAUUGAUUCGAGUGGGAAGCCUACGGAACCGCCAGCCCCGGGAGGGGGAGACUCAAGUACCAAGUCACGAGUGGAUGUGGUUUUCGAGGCUCGCAAUCCUUCGAUAGCCAGCUUGACUGGCCGGGCUGUGGAUCGGGAGCCAGUACGCCUUACGCUGUUCCGUGGAGAGCAGCCAUUGUGGCAAGACUUCCUGCCUCGGUCUGUUCUCCUGGUGACAGGCAAUCAGAGCAUGUGGGCCGCUGCCUGCGAGGACGGCUCAGUCUACCUCUGGACCCCAGCAGGCCGCCGACUAGUAAGCGCGUUGGUCCUAGAAGCGCAGCCCGUAAUCUUGGAGUGCAAUGGCCCGUGGAUCUUGUGCAUCUCCUCCGUGGGCAUGUGCUACGUAUGGAACGUGAAGCAUCUCUCUUCCCCUCACCCACCCGUCUCCCUCCAGCCCGUCCUUGACGCUGCAAUCCACACACUUGGCGCAAAUCCCACCGCUGCGCCCGCCGUGACAGAUGCGCGCAUCAACUCCGAAGGCCGUGUAGUAGUCUCCCUGACCAACGGUGAAGGCUACUCCUACUCGCCAUCCAUGUACACAUGGCAGCGCAUCUCAGAAGCCUGGUGGGCCGUCGGCAGCCAGUACUGGAACUCCACAGACGCCCCUGUUAAUAACCUACAGGCAAGAGAUGCCCAGCAAGAUACCAGAGAUGCGAAGGCAGCCGUGUCUGCCGGUAUCAUCCCCUUCCUCGAGCGCAACACCACCAACGAGACUCUUCUGCGUGGCCGUGCAUACUUCUUGCAGCGACUCGUUAAGGUCCUACUAUCUCGUGAAGGCUACGAAACCUUCGAGUCGAGUGUUUCCAUCGCCCAUCUUGAGAACCGCCUGGCUGCUGCAUUGUCUCUAGGCUCCAAGGAAGAGUUCCGCCUCUACCUGAACAUGUACGCUAAGCGAAUCGGCGCGGAGGGAUUGAAAAUGAAGGUCGAGGAACUACUAAAGGGUUUAAUCGGCGGCCUGUUCGAAGAUGAAGAAGGCUCUGAAGCCGUAACGAAUCUCCAAGCCAACGAGCGCGAAGGCCGAAACUGGCGUGAGAGCUCAGAAGAUCUAUGUGGCUGGCCACGGGAGACCUUACUAAAGGAGGUGAUACUGGCUCUCGGCAAAUACCGCGAGCUUCAGCGUGUGACUGUUCCGUAUGCCAAGCUUCUUGACAUGGUCGACCGCGUGGAUGGUGAUGCGAUGGACUUAUGA